AUGCCGGGGUCGUAUCCACCAUCUAGACCGGAUUCGCCAUCCUCAGUGUCAGCGCAUACGCGCGACCACGACGAUGCUCAUCUCGGGUCAUUGACUAAUGCGGCGAAGGAACCGCAGGAAGCCGAGUCAUCGGAACCUAAAUUUGCAACGCCGAAGCUGCGAGGUGGGGGCGACGAUGAAAUGCACGCACGGGUCCCGGCAAACCUGUGGUACCUUGCAGGUGGUUCAGGCGCGCCACCAACCUACAAGAAUUACAGGGGUAAGCGGAAGAGUGCCCGUAAGAAGGGUCAAGACAGAGCGAAGGAGGGGUACUGGAAAGAUGUGAUCCAUUGGGGUUUGCCACGUGAGAAGAAGCGCAGGCCAGAGGGUGGGGAUGGUAAUGGAGAAGUACAGCCAGCUCCUAUGGAUCGGCCACCAUCGCAAAAUCCGGAUCCAAAGCCAGCACAACCACCGCAGCAACCCCAAGAGGAGCCUCCACUUGAGCAACCACCGCAUCAAGAGCCUCUUCCUCAAGAGCCUCCUCCCCAGGAACCACCGCCUCAGGAACAACCGCCUCAAGAACAACCGCCUCAGGACGAUCCGCCUCAUGACCCCCCGGCCGACCCCUUUGCAGACCCCCCUGCAGACCCCGACCCUCCAAGGGACCCUCCAGACGACGAUGUCGCCCCACGCCGAGGAAUCCCGAGAGACCAAAUCAUGGAACUAUACGGUGAAAUGCUAACCGACUUCUUCAACAACGUCGACCGGGUAGCACGGCAAAUACUCGACGACUUGGACGCCCGGCGCAUGAUAGAUGGGGACGACCGUGAGGAAAGGAGGCGGAGGCGAACAUGGUGA